AUGUCCAAAAUUAUCAAGUUAGAGAUCAAAGAAAUCGAAAAAAUAGAUGUGCUUACAACGUCUUCGUCUCCAUCUAUUCCAUCAACAAAUAGCAUCAAUGAUCAAAUGGGACGGACUUUAACAUU